CCUGGGGGCGCGUGGAGACAAGGAAUGGAGCCCCGGAAUGCCGGGCCCUUGGGUACUUGGGAAGGCAGGCUGCUGAGUGCCUGGGAUGGGGCGAUCUCCCUCCCCAGAAGCAAACAAACCUCCCCGCGAGAAUCUGAAUGCGUUGGCAUCUUGGGUGGUGACUGAAUGGUCAGAUCGUGGACUAGGGAUGCUUCUCCAAGCUCUAAGAGGACCAUAGUCUGCUCUCUUCUCUGGCACCCGCUUGCUUCUACGCUCCUUCACCUCCGCAGCCAGACCUUCCAUGUGCAGGCUUUUCUUACUUUCUCCGCGGGUGCCCUACAGAGGACUCCUGCUGCCUUGUACCAGUUGGGAAAAAGCAAAAUUCAGAGCAGUUCCUUUUUCUGGGUCCCUCGCCUUGGCCACAUCGGAGGAAACGUCGACUCGCCAGGGCUCCCGGGAGAAAUCCCGAGGUCAGUCCCUCCCAUUCUGGGGCACCCCUGGAGCAGCUAGCUCCCUGCCUAGCGGUGGCAAACUCCAGAGCCCCAAGGAGCAGAACGGGGAUUCCCUGCGCGCAGGCUCCUGGUGCAGCUCCUGAGCACAAAGGCCACACCCUCACAGACCAGGCCUGGUGAGAGAGCCGGGCUUCUUCAGAAGUACCUGGAUACCUGAGGUGCCCAAGCAAGGAAAGAAAUAAUGAAGAGACACAUGUGUUAGCUGCAGCCUUUUGAACCACGCAAGAAGGAAAUCAAUAGUGUGGACAGGGCUGGAACCAUUACCACGCUUGUUGGAGUAAAUGAGGAAUGGGCUCGUGAUUAUGCUGACAUUCCAGCAUGAAUCUGGUAGACCUGUGGUUAACCCGUUCCCUCUCCAUGUGUCUCCUCCUACAAAGUUUUGUUCUUAUGAUACUGUGCUUUCAUUCUGCCAGUAUGUGUCCCAAGGGCUGUCUUUGUUCUUCCUCUGGGGGUUUAAAUGUCACCUGUAGCAAUGCAAAUCUCAAGGAAAUACCUAGAGAUCUUCCUCCUGAAACAGUCUUACUGUAUCUGGACUCCAAUCAGAUCACAUCUAUUCCCAAUGAAAUUUUUAAGGACCUCCAUCAACUGAGAGUUCUCAACCUGUCCAAAAAUGGCAUUGAGUUUAUCGAUGAGCAUGCCUUCAAAGGAGUAGCUGAAACCUUGCAGACUCUGGACUUGUCCGACAAUCGGAUUCAAAGUGUGCACAAAAAUGCCUUCAAUAACCUGAAGGCCAGGGCCAGAAUUGCCAACAACCCCUGGCACUGCGACUGUACUCUACAGCAAGUUCUGAGGAGCAUGGCGUCCAAUCAUGAGACAGCCCACAACGUGAUCUGUAAAACGUCCGUGUUGGAUGAACAUGCUGGCAGACCAUUCCUCAAUGCUGCCAACGACGCUGACCUUUGUAACCUCCCUAAAAAAACUACCGAUUAUGCCAUGCUGGUCACCAUGUUUGGCUGGUUCACUAUGGUGAUCUCAUAUGUGGUAUAUUAUGUGAGGCAAAAUCAGGAGGAUGCCCGGAGACACCUCGAAUACUUGAAAUCUCUGCCAAGCAGGCAAAAGAAAGCAGAUGAACCUGAUGAUAUUAGCACUGUGGUAUAGUGUCCAAACUGACUGGCAUUGAGAAAGAAAGUAGUUUGCGAUUGCAGUAGAAAUAAGUGGUUUACUUCUCCCAUCCAUUGUAAACAUUUGAAACUUUGUAUUUCAGUUUCUUUUGAAUUACGCCACUGCUGAACUUUUAACAAACACUACAACAUAAAUAAUUUGAGUUUAGGUGAUCCACCCCUUAAUUGUACCCCCGAUGGUAUAUUUCUGAGUAAGCUACUAUCUGAACAUUAGUUAGAUCCAUCUCACUAUUUAAUAAUGAAAUUUAUUUUUUUAAUUUAAAAGCAAAUAAAAGCUUAACUUUGAACCAUGGAAAACAGAGUGACUUAUUGGUCAAGAAAACAGUAUAGUCAUUCUACUUGCUCUAAAGAAAAACAGACAACCUUUAUGAACUCAAAGAACUAUCACAAUGAAAAAAUGUGUUAUUAAGCCCUACUGUACACUGGGGAGCCAUAGCUGAAUUACUGGCCGAGUUAAGUGUCUGUCAGACUCUAAAAUACUGAGCUUUACUAGGUGGUUAUACACAAGUGUGGCAUCCUUCAGAGGCUUAAGUCAGGAUGCCUUUUGGCAUUUACUCUUCAAAAAUAGAUAUAAUUAGCUAUUGAAUCCAAAUAAUUAUUGUACCUUUGCUCUAUGCUGGACAAAAUGGAAAAGAAAAAAGACAGCACAUAGCCUGUACUCAAGAUUACUUUCUGGUGGACUGAGGUGUGUGUGACAAAUACAGAAAUGGUUAUGCUAGGGAGGAAGGUCCUCGUAAUCAUGUAGCAUCAACAGGGUGCAAGCACUGUGAGAGGCAUUUUUAUGCUAUUAUUGUGUCUGUAAACUCGCACAACAAGAGAAGAAAGUGACAGCUGCUCUACUUACAUAGGAAAAAAACUUCAAGUAAGAGAGAUUCAUUGAGUUGCCAGGUAGAAAGUAUUAGAACUUAAAUUUGAAUCAGAUCUUUCUGUCUCCAAAGAAAGGUCUUCACAUUACCUUCCUACUGAGUUGGUUUAUAGUUAAAAGCACCUAGGUUAAGUACACAGUUCUAUGAAUUUUAAAAUAUAUAUACUCCUGGCAUCUGUCAUACAAUCAAGAUAUUGUGUCCUUGUCAUUGGCCAGAGAUAGGAGAAAGCACCUUUGGUUCUUGAGAGUAGGGAAUUGUGUGGAAGUUAUUGGUUUUAAGGUACCAUUACAGAUAAACUUGGGUGGGAUCUCAUAAGGUGAUGAUGUAGACAAGGAAGAUAGAAGAAGCAGAGGGAUACCAUAUAGGGAGGUGUUUGGGAUGAAGGAGUCCAUGCAAAGAAGUGAGAAACAAGGCUGGAACUAUAUAGUAGAGAUCUCAGUUCCAGACUAAGGAAUAAUAGAACUGAUGGCAUUUAUGGAACACUUACUAUGCACCAAGUACUUUCUUUGGAAUAUCUUAAUGAAUCCUUACAAACUCCCCUAUGAGACAGUCUUUUGUGAAUGAGAAUCAGAGACACAGGAGUUAAGUAAUUAAUACAGAGUUUGUAAGCAUAGCAGGCAUUGAAACCCAGUCUGUCAACUCCAGAACCUAUGAACCUUUUAUCCACUGUGCUGCCUUAUGGUCAUCAACUUUACUACCUAAAGUUGCUGAUUCCUCAGACCUAGAGUUUUGCAGCCUCCUACAUGAUGGUUUUAUUUUUCAAAUAGCACAAAAAUAGCCCUUUGUGAGAUUUAUGUAGGUAAGAGGGAACCUCUGCCAUUUUGAGACACUUAGCCUUCUCCAACCCAAGUUAGGGUAUCUUUGGGCCUAAUAUUUCUGCUCUCGGAAAGCCCUAGGGGUCCUAGGCAGCAAUAGUCUCUUUAAAUGUUUAUUUAUUGCAAGGGACAAUCAGGGUCAGCUAAUCCAGGACCUGUGGCGAGGCAUGCAGAGCACUGUGGCCAGGCUCUGCUCAUGGUACACACACCCCAGGGCCAUGGGCUUUUCACCCCAACCCCACCAAACUUGCUAAAAGUGUUAGAUCUAGUCUAGAAGUCUGAGGUAACUCCUAGAUGUAAAAUUCAGGAUAUAGGCCCAAGAAUUCCUGCAUCCCAGCAAGAAGGAAGCCAGACUGUCUGCUUUUACGAACUGAAUUGAGAAUUCACUUUUCCAGUGAGACUGAAGCUUUGCUGAAGAUUUAUCGCCCCCUGGAGGACAAUAGUAUAAUAUAUCUCUUCGGGUACUCUAGAAAAGAUGCCCAACUGAACUGAAAUACACAUAUUUUUUCCUAAAGAAUAGGAAAAUCAAGGCUUUGCUAAGACAACCCUUUAAAAAGGUAAAUUAAUUGUAUUUAUUUGAGUGUAUGAGUCACGUUCAUUUUAGAGAACUUUCACAAAUAAGAUAAUCCAUUCCAGGCUGCUUCUUCCAAAAUAAUCUUUGUCUUCACUAAUGGGAGCUUAUUUUCCCAAUGGUCAAUUGUAUUAUUCAAGUAAAAGUACUUGUAAAGCAAAAAUCUCUGAAAAGUUUUGUAAGCAUAGUUAUAUCCUUGUUCAGAUGCAGGAAAGUUAAAUUUCCACAUAUUCACUUUGAAAUUCUCCAUAUACAUAGAGCUGAGAGGUGUGUCAUAGGUUAAUAAUUCUCCUGCCUGAAUUCUAUGUGUAGAUUUUUAGUUAACAGCACCUUAAGUGCUUUUUAAAAAAAAAAAAGCCUUUAAGUUCGGUUGCCAUGAAUCAUGUAUAAGCCAUUGGAGGAGAAAAUUAAUUCUUUUGUUUGUUUCUUUAUUUUAAAAUAAAUACCAGGCUAUGGCACCCAUUUGUGAUCAGAAUUGAGAAGAAGCGCUCUUCCUGCCAGCUUGUGGGAAUGCUGCGUCCCCCAAGGCCAAUAGUAUAUGCUGCCAAUGAGUGAAAAGAACUAAGACUCAAGUCUGCACAGAAAAAGGCCCAACAUGCAUGCUUCAGUUUUGAUCCCAGCUUGGCCCUUAAUUUUCCAAACCCUUGCAGAUGGAGAGCUACCUAUUUUGGGACUGUAAGGUUUUUGAAAUUAACUGUCAACUCAUUAUCCAAGGCACAUACUAUCUUACCACUAUCUUACCUUCUAAAUAUUUUAAAUAACGCUUCUUUUCUCAGCCUUCUCUUUUGGCAUCUCUUUCUUAACCCCAACCUUUUAAAUUCAGAAAUACCUAGGAAUUUUACUCUAAUCUUUGACAAUGUGCUUAUCUUUGAAGCAAGGAAAAUCGGAAAACAUGCCAACCCAACUGGAACAUUUUUAACAAAGUAAUGAAAAGUUAUGUAAUGGAAGAUUUAGCUUUCAAGAACACUUUGGCAAAUUGUAAUGCAAUGAUAUACAAAAUCUGCCAGGUACGCAUUGUUCUUUUUUACGUCCUUCUCUGAUUCUUCACAAUAACUCUUGUCCUGACAUCAACAAACAUAAGGCAGUCUCAGAUGUGGGUAGGUUUUUCUUAUUGGCUUAAUACUUUCAAUUCGUAUAGUAAGUUCUCUCAUCUAUCUGGCAGAGGCAGGAAGUGGAAAAUUCUGCUUAAUUAAAUGUUUUUGUUACUACAGCUAGGUGAAUUCCUAGAUUGUUAGGGCUGGGAGAGUCUUAGGGAUGAGCUUACCUACUUAUUUUACAGGUGUUGAAAUUGAAACCCUUGCAGGCUUGCAGAUUAGCACCCGUGUCCUCACGUUCCCCAACCAGUAUCCCUUAAAGUACACUAAUUUCCUCUCUUGAUAAAUUGUUUCCCAAUCAACAAAGAAACAAUAACAUAACAAUAUACACCAUGAAAAUGUCACUGGCCAUCAGCAAGUUUCCUUGAGGAUUCAAAAGGCAUGUAAGGCUCCCACAUUGUCACAGAGUCAUAGUAAAGAAAAUUUAUGAUUCCAAAAACCCUCUUGUUCUUUCAAGAUAGGAUGAGGAGAUCAGUUUGCCUUUUAAAAUAGACCCCAGAUAACAUGCUCCAUGUUGAGCAUGACCUGGCUUCCCAGUGGAGAGAUGGAGAAAAUAAUCCUGGUGCAAGUUGCUGGAGAGGGAGAGUUGAUUAGCAUUUGUUUCCUUGAGUAACAACAUAAACCACAAGUGAUCGAGUGCAUCCCUGCUUGGCAGGAGGAGAAUGACUGUUCAUAAAUGAUGCCCUUCUCCAUUUCCAGAGCUCUUGUCAGCUUGGCUUCCCAAAGUGGUAUCACUCAUCUGUCAAGUUGAUUGGGUCUGACCCAGACAAAGCAAACCAGAGGCAAUCUCAAUUACCACACAUUUGUAAAUGUCCUGUCCAACUCAUUCUGAAGUCCAAAUAGGUGAAUCAGAAUUCGCCAAAAAAAAAAAAAAAAAAAAAAAAGGAAGAUCUGCAUUCCUCAUCCCACAUUUGCCCACACUCAUGAUAUGGAUGGUCCCAAAUGUGCCAAAUGACUUAGUGGGCUACAUACCCUCAGCCAGGGGCACUCCUCAAGGUCCAAGACUUUUUCAUCCAACUCAGGGAAAUUAUGCUGUAGAGGCCACAAGGUGAACAUAGAGUCUCAUGGUUUCAUUGGUGGAUGACAGUAAAAAGGAAAGCCACUAGUUUUAUGGCUAUAAUCUCUUCAAUAGGAAAAGAACAAGAAGCUAGUGAGGAUCACUUAAGAACCAUGUGUGUGAGUGUGUGUGUGUGUGUGUGUGUCUGCAUGCACAUUGGGGUAACAUGGAAUUGGGUUCUGAAAACAUCAGGAAAACAGAUGCUGGAAACAUUGAAAACAAAGUGUACCUGCCAAAUUUGGCCUAGGGAUGGCCUAAGUUUCAGGUUUCUGGGGAAAUUACUAGAUAUAUUUUUAAGGCUGUCUCCAAGUUGAGUGCAAACAUUUACACUUGUCACUCACUAGUGGCAACUGAGUUGAUCAAUUUCGUAAGUUGUAUUUCUUCUUUGGCUGGAAAAUGUUCUGCAUUUUGCUUACCAUUUACAAAAAAGAAUCGACGUAUUUUUUUUUCUUUCCCUGUAGAUGUCCAGGCAUCCAAAUGGCAGGAGUUCUCUGGAUCUGACCUCAAAAGCUAGGCCUGAAAUGAAUACAUUGUGGGUCUCUCUGGGGUUGGAACCAAAACCUCAUUUUUUUUUUGUUUUAUUCGUUUUAUUUUUAUUUUCUUACAAAGAAGAGUUUGUAAAACAAAAGGCAAUCUGAAAUCUGGCUGUUGGUCCAAGAAUUAACAAGCAAUCUGUUGUGCUAAUGACAUCGACUGUUGAAUAGAUUUCCAAAGAAAAUGACCCAUGGGGAGUAGGAUGAGGUUAAUUCACAGAAAGCCGGCUUCCUUGGGAUUGUCUGCAUUUCUUCUGAAGGAAAAUGUCUAAAAGAUGCUGGUCUUCCCUCAAAGUCUUUCACUCCCACAGACAGCCCUGCCAGUUCUUGGGCUCCCACAGGAGCCAACUGCUGUGAGAAGAGGUGAAUGAGAUACGAGAAAGGAAGAAGAAAAUCUCAGAAAAGUGUUGCCUGGAGUAAGUCUUUAGGAGGACAAACAGGACUGACUUAAACUGAUAUUUUCAGCACUUCACCAUUAACAAGACUUUUUAUAUUCACAUGAACUGAGGAAUCCUGUGCAUAAGCCACAGAUAAAGAAUCUCUUAUCAAAUAAUUCCACCUUUCCCUAACAAUGGUUAUCAUUUAUUUGGCACAGUGCAAGAUUCUGUUUCCAUCUUUCCUAGUUCUCACAACAUUUAUUAUCAAGUAGAUAUUAUUUUUCUCAUUUUACAGAUGAGGAAACUAAAACUUAGAAAGCAUCCUGCAAGAGCAGAGCCAGUUAGCUAUCUGCAAAGCCCUUUGCUCCACCAAUGUCACAUUGCCUAGUCCUUUCAUUUUAUGAAGUCUCAUCUUAAGACAUGAUAAGUGGAGGAGGAUAGGGAAAGACAUUUUUCUUAAUUUGCACAAGAGGGAAGUGAGGUUCUAAAGAACAAAGCAAGUCUUAGCUCACUCAGCUAGUUAGCAGAGCUUGGUGUUUGGGGACCACUGUGGUUUAUCCCUUUUUUAUACCCAUCCCUUUAGGCCCAGCUCUGAAAUCCCACAUACACCUAAAGUAAACUAGGCUCCUGGAUGGGGCAGAUGUACAUAUAGUUUUCAAUCAUGGGAAUGAUGACUUUUAUUUCAAGGUUGCUCAUGGGAUGGUGGGGAUGUUCAGGAGGGUGGUAUCACUGGCAGCCACAUGUGCCUUCAGUCCUACCAUCUGCAUGUACACCAGCCAAAUUCCAACUGGCACCUCCUGCCUCCACUUGCCUGAGGGUUUUCUGUGGCCACCAUGGCACAUUUUGCCACUUACAUAGCAGGUUUGGAAUGCUGGCGAGUUGCACCUUUCAGGUGCAAUCCUCAACCGAUGACUACUAAGAACUUGGUGUAUAAACACCCAGACCCCUCACUCUUGGAAGCAUACAUUCUACCCCAUGUUGCAGAGUUUCCCCAGCAGAAUGAAGCUCAACUCAUACAUCAAAAUAAUGGGCUUUGUGAGGGAUGAAUUCUUGCUGUCUUUCUUCCCUUGUCUCACUUUUCUACUUCCCUUUUGGUGUUUCCCAAAUAAAACUUUGGGAAACACUUCCUAAAUAAACUCUUUGCAUUCAAAUUUCAUCUCAUUGCCCACUUUUCGGGAGAACCCAACCUAAGUCACCUGAAUAUACCCUACAUCAAUACUUUCCAAACCUGGCUAAUGAUCAGACAUAUUGAGAAAGUCUUUGAAAAAUAUAAGUAUGAAUGCGUUACCCAGAUCUACUAAACUAAGAUCUCUGGAGGUUGGGUUCAUGCCUCUGUCUUUUCUGUUAAUCUCCCUUCUUCUGAAGAUUUAGUGAUUAGUCAGGAUACCAACACUGACCCAUAAAGCAUCCUGCACUAGAAAUUUUUUCUGGAACAUUGCACUUGGCAAAACUUUGCUGCCAUAAAAAAAAAAAAAGUGAACUCUGUUCCUUCGGGAAGAGUGAGUGUCAUGUGAGCCCAUAAUAAUGUUCCCUGUUUUGCCUUACAUCCUAGGAAUAUCAUGAGAAAAACAAAUCUAUGCUUCAGAUAUACAACCUCACAGCCCAUCUAGCUGUAGCCCAAUUUCCUCUACUUUUGGCUAUUUCAUUUAAGUCAUUAGUUAUUCUGAUUAUUUUAAAUUUGUUAUUUGUAUGUUCCCAUUUUAUUAUAAGUAUUUAUUUACCAUCUCUCAAAUCCUUUAUGUAAUGAAAUAAAGAAGAAAAUGACAUUUA